CCUGGGUCCGGCCGGGCUGCGCUGCGCUCCCGCCUCCAGCUCCGCCAUGGGCUCGCGGAGCUCCCACGCCGCGAUCAUCCCCGACCUGGACAGCAUUCGGCGGGAGACCGGCUUCUCUCAAGCCAGCCUGGUGCGCCUCCACCACCGGUUCCAGGCACUGGACAGGAGCAAGAAGGGCUACUUGAGUCGCAUGGAUCUGCAGCGGAUCGGGGCGCUGGCCGUGAACCCCUUGGGAGACCGCAUUAUAGACAGCUUCUUCCCCGACGGGGGUCAGCAAGUGGAUUUCGCAGGCUUUGCCAGGGUCCUGGCUCAUUUUCGACCUGUAGAUGAGGAGGACACAGGAAACCGAGACCCCAAGCAACCUGAGCCCCUCAACAGCAGAACGAACAAACUUCGCUUUGCAUUUCAGCUCUAUGACCUGGAUCGAGACGGGAAGAUCUCCAGGCAUGAGAUGCUGCAGGUUCUCCGGCUGAUGGUCGGGGUCCAGGUGACAGAAGAGCAGCUGGAGAGCAUUGCUGACCGCACAGUGCAGGAGGCUGAUGAAGAUGGAGAUGGGGCUGUGUCCUUCCUGGAGUUCACUAAGUCCUUAGAGAAGAUGAACAUCGAGCAAAAAAUGAGCAUCCGGAUCCUGAAGUGACUCCUUGUGCCUUCGUCUAGCUCAUGCGGACCAGUAUCUGCCUGGGAUUC